AUGGCCGGGGGAAUGUACACUAAGAUGACGUCUUCUGGUUCAUCGCUUCUUACGAAUCCACGAUCAAUUUCAAAGGAAUUAGAAGCUAAAAUCUCACUGGCCAUUGCAAAUGUAAUUACAUCUCAUGAUGUAACGAAAUUAACAACGAAAAUGGUCCGACAGACAGUGGAAAAACAAGUUCAUGUAAGUCUUACGACCCAUAAGGACGUCCUUAAGCGAUUAAUGCAUCAAGAAUUACGUAAAUUAAAAGCAAAGAAAUUGGCAAAACGAGCAGUUCCAGAGCCUUGGAAAAAAACACUAAGACGUGAAAGUAUCAUCAAAGGUCUUGGUCGAAUCUAUUUAAUGUUACGUGAAUCUCCCGUGAUUUUCCCGGACUGGGGACUGCAUGCUAUUCAAUCACUUUAUGACCUGCAGAUGGUCGAAGAGGGUAAAGUAUUGCAAUUAGCGACACUUUAUGCCCGACUUAUGGGUGCUUUAUGGCUAAAGGAAGACCGACACGCAGAUUGGACACUAGGCUCUAUUCCCACGCCGACGCAGCUCGUUAAUGUAAUUCGAGCUGCUUAUGUGGUAGAACGUCUAGGAAUCUCCCAUCCGAGACGUGUCGAACUCUUGGACUUUUGUGAUCGAUCGCCUCCUGUCUAUGGCCCUGAGAAACUCUUAGGGUGGAAUCCCGCAGAGGGUCCACCACCGCCGACUGACCAGAGUGGAGCCUCAAUAUACGAGCGACUGACGAGAGCACUGGUUCUAUGGCAGCAGUCGCAUGGCCUUGGGAUCUCGAUUGGAUUCACCUUGUCGCAGUUGCUCCAACACUUGCUAUCGGUGUAUCCAUACCAAGGCCCUGGUGAUCUUUCGCCCCAAGAAUAUGAAGACCAGGUGCACUUUGUCACUACACUGGUGUUUGUACUUACCCACCAUGGAAAGUUGCGCUGCGAGACGGACCUUCUUCCUCAUGAAUACUUCUUCUUGCGCCAUCAUGUUGCAUAUCACCUCGCACAACAAGACGUGGCUUUGCUCGGAGAGACUUUACGGGCUUUACGGUGCUUUGAAGGCUCGAGUAAUCUCGUCCAAAUGCGUCGAGGAAUGGCUUUCUUGUUGCUUACUCAACACGAAGAUGGGUCUUGGGUGACUGAAUCGGCACAAAACGACGCCUAUCAGCGAUAUUUUUCAACUGUGCAAGCGCUGUGGGCACUGUGCGAGCCUCGGCGAGUGGGAUUCGCGCCUGCCUUUCCGGAGGUCAUCCCGAUGCUAGAGCUACAUUUGAAUGCGGACAUCGGUGGCGUUGAUGUGAGAGAUGAUGCUGUGCCAUUUACAAACUGUUACCUGAGUACUUACACUUUGCUUCUGUCGCUGGUUCAGCAGGGCUCCACGAGUAGUGCAAUCAAUGCCAAAGAUAUAAAUGCCGAUUCUGAGGUAGCGGCAGCAACGGCAGCUGCCCCAUCUGAAAACGAAGACAUCGCAACCCGAAUUGGCUUCCUGCAGGGUUUACUGGAUCAGAAUGGCGACGUCAAGAGCGUUUCAGCCGCUCUUGCAACACACGUUUUGAGCACCCUCGCCGAUAUGAUGCUCACUGUUGAUAUCUUAAAGAGCACGGGCGUUGGGCGUACGAUUAACAAACUGCGCAAACACGCAACACCCUCGGUGGCAAAGGCGGCAACUCAACUUGUGGCAAAAUGGAAAAAGGACCUGCUGUAA